GCCGACGCCAGUCUCAUAGUUUCCAUGCGUUGAAAAGAGGUGCGUACCUUGCACACGUCGAGGUGUCUGCACCUUCUUGCCAAUAAUUAAAAAGUGCCGGUAUGUGUUGUUGUUGUUGACAUAGACCAACUAGUGCGAUUUGUGUUAAGUGAUGUUUCCUAUGACGUGUCUUUCCCAGAAAUUUCCUACUGUGAUGCAAUGAUUUCAUAUCGAGUUGGAGAUUCAUCAUGAAUGAUCACCUGAAUGAACAUCGCCCUCUCAACCGUGCAAAGUCAUUUGAAUUCACGACUCUGGAUGCAGCCACCGUACCGCUGGCUCAUCAGUUCUCAUUUAAAAAGAAAACGUCCUCCCAAGGGCCGUCUAGAAAGACCUCUUCCAUAUUAGGCCCAUCUAGAAAAACGUCCUCCCUAGGCCCGUCUAGAAAAACCUCCAAAAGUUCGUUUAGGAAAAAAUCAGAAGUGAUGAUAGUGCCGUCACUCCAAGCCGUCGAACGAACGGCUCCCAACGCCCGCUAUUGCGACAGCAUUAAAACACUUUUCCGGUGGAGAGGAAGUAUAUACAAAUUAGUUUGGCGGCACUUUGUGACCUAUUACGUCUUGUACGUUUCGCUGACUGUCUUGUACGAAUUUGUUUUGGAUGGGGAUGGCAGAAAGCAUUUCGAAGCUUUGACCAGGUACAUUUCAAAGAGUGCUUCGACUUUGAAUCUAAUGAUAAUGUUAGGGUUCUUCACGGCCACAGCCCUACAACGUCUUCUUGCCAUCCAGACAGCCAUUCCAGGUACAGCCAAAACGAUUUCUUCGUUCUUGAUGUCAUUAAAGAUGGAUCUACCGGAAGGGACCAUAAUCGUAUUUCAGUACGCCCGAUGGGCGGUCCUCAGUUGGAUUCUCGCUUGCCGCAGUGUCAGUGUCCCUUUGCGUGACAAGUACCCGGACAUGAUUUCUCUACAAAGGAAAGGAAUUCUUCGACCGUACGAGAGACUGAUCCUUGAACGCGCUGAAACGGAUGGGGAUACGACUCCCCGCCCUUUGAUUGUCAUUGAUUGGAUGUUGUUGUUGUUGAAAGAAUGCUUUAAAUAUGGUCGCUACAAUAGCAAGUCGAGUCACCACAAAAAUGUCGAAAUUCUCAUGGCAUUCAAAAAGAGCUGCGGCAAUAUGAUUAAAUUCGCUACCAGAAACAUGCCUCACGCCGUUAUUCAGGCUGUUAUAAUAGCGGUGUAUUAUUUCGGACUGGUCACGAUGUUGGCCCGUGAUUUGUCUACGCUCGUGCCCAUACCUCAUCAGAGUGACGGUGAUGCACCCCUAGAUUCUCUAGAUUCAGGACCGAAAUACAUGGAUAAUGGACGUCCCGAUCACGACGAAAUCGUCAAAACUAUCAUUUUGUAUUUUCCCGUUAUGCCACUUAUGCAGUUUUUCAUCUUCUUCGCUUGGCUGACAUUCGGAAGAAUGGCAGUCAAUCCAUUCGGUGAGGAUGAAACGGACAUUGACCUUGAAUCAGUUCUUGAAGCUCAUAUUGAGGACUAUAAACGUCUAGGAACUUUGUAUACCCAAAAUUUGGAAGAUUUGUUCCCCGAUUUGCCCCAAAAGAGAUUCUUUGAUGCGGCUCUAGAGGCUCUAGAGAAAAAGAAGGACCAGAAGGAUAAGAGUGAGUCAAAAACAAAAGCCCGGGUUGAUUCACUAGUAAUUCCUGUCACACAACCCACGUCAUCAUUACAUAAAGUCGCCUCAUCCCCCGUAUUCAGUGCAUUCUCUGUGUUAGGAGAAAGGCCGAGAGACGGGAGAAGAUUUCGUGAACCAUCGCCGUUCGCUUUUGACAGAAAUUCUACAGCCAUCACAAUCGAUGACGAUAAUAUUCAAAUGAAAUCGCUUAUUGUCCCUAUUGACUGAUAGAUUCCCAAAGUGAUGCUGGUUCCAAAAUGCAAUGCCAUGACUCUUGUGUUGUUGCCCAUGUAAUUUAAUAGUUUUUUAAAUCAACUUUAUACACUGCACUAUUUCACAAAAAAAUGAGUUGGGCAAAAAGUCAACAAAUAGUUUAUCAACAAUAAGUGUAGACAAAUUUUCGCAGUCUUGGAUAGACUAAGCUUGUAAAGUGUUAAGAAAAGACUUCUGACGUGGCACAGGCCGUCAGUCGUAGUACACGAACGUGAACUACGUGAUUGUGCACGAUCUCAUCGCAAGCUACGACCAUCGCCAGCUGUUGUAAGGUCAUCACUAUGCGAUUGUUAACAGCCAGAAAUAUGAACCCCAAACACAAUUCAUAACCAAGAAAUUAAUUCAAAUUAGGAACGACAAAAAAAGAAAAUCUAAAAGCCAAAAAUCAAGACGACCUUUGAAUUUAAAGCUGAGCUUAAAGUAGGCCGGCAGGCACAGACUCUCAAACGUUCCACUUUCUCUACCUGCCUUCCGGCUGUUAUGGCUCAACAACAGUUACACGCUACAGGUUGUUAUAGCGACCUUCUCAGUCGGUCUUCACCAUCUGACGAGAAUAAACGCCAACAGUUUUUGUGAAUAGAAUAGAGGUGUGCCAUUUCACGUAGAGGCUGUUGUCUUUGAUUUCCGCUUUGAAAAGAAUUGCUGAUUUCGUUUUUCGGCCUG